UGCUCGCGCGCCCGCCCUCGCCGAAGCCCUCCGCGGCCCGCGACCCGCCGGACCCCCGGACCGACCCUGCCGCCCGCGCAAGAUGUCGGCGCGGACGCCAUUGCCGACGGUGAACGAGCGGGACACGGAGAACCACACAUCUGUGGAUGGCUACACUGAACCACACAUCCAGCCUACGAAAUCAAGUAGCAGACAGAACAUCCCCCGGUGUAGAAACUCCAUUACAUCAGCAACAGAUGAACAGCCUCACAUUGGAAAUUACCGUUUACAAAAAACAAUAGGGAAGGGGAAUUUUGCCAAGGUGAAAUUGGCAAGACAUGUUCUAACCGGCAGAGAGGUUGCUGUGAAAAUAAUAGACAAAACUCAGCUAAAUCCUACUAGUCUGCAAAAGUUGUUUCGAGAAGUACUGAUAAUGAAGAUCUUGAACCAUCCUAAUAUAGUGAAACUAUUUGAAGUCAUUGAAACAGAGAAGACACUCUAUUUGGUCAUGGAGUACGCGAGUGGGGGUGAAGUAUUUGAUUACUUAGUUGCCCACGGAAGAAUGAAAGAGAAAGAGGCCCGUGCAAAAUUUAGGCAGAUUGUAUCUGCUGUACAGUAUUGUCAUCAAAAAUGCAUUGUUCACCGAGAUCUAAAGGCUGAAAACCUCCUCCUUGAUGCUGACAUGAAUAUUAAAAUUGCUGACUUUGGUUUUAGUAAUGAAUUCACAGUUGGGAACAAAUUGGACACAUUUUGUGGAAGCCCACCUUACGCUGCCCCAGAGCUCUUCCAAGGAAAGAAAUAUGAUGGGCCGGAAGUGGAUGUGUGGAGUCUCGGCGUCAUCCUCUACACGCUGGUCAGUGGCUCCCUGCCUUUCGAUGGCCAGAAUCUAAAGGAACUGCGGGAGCGAGUGCUACGGGGGAAGUACCGCAUUCCCUUCUACAUGUCCACAGACUGUGAGAACCUUCUGAAGAAGUUGUUAGUGCUGAAUCCCAUAAAGAGGGGCAGCCUGGAGCAAAUAAUGAAAGACCGGUGGAUGAAUGUUGGUCAUGAAGAAGAAGAACUAAAGCCUUAUUCUGAGCCUGAACUCGAUUUUAAUGAUACCAAAAGGAUAGACAUCAUGGUCACCAUGGGUUUUGCACGAGAUGAAAUCAAUGAUGCCUUAGUAAGCCAGAAAUAUGAUGAAGUUAUGGCUACUUACAUUCUUCUAGGCCGAAAGCCACCUGAAUUUGAAGGUGGUGAGUCUCUGUCCAGUGGAAACUUGUGCCAGCGGUCCCGGCCCAGCAGUGACCUAAACAACAGCACUCUGCAGUCCCCUGCGCAUCUGAAGGCCCAGCGGAGCAUCUCUGUCAACCAGAAGCAGCGGCGCUUCAGCGAUCAUGUUGGUCCCUCCAUCCCCCCUGCUGUAUCAUACACCAAAAGGCCUCAGGCUAACAGCGUGGAAAGCGAACAGAAGGAGGAAUGGGACAAAGAUGCCACCCGCAGAACUGGUAGCACCACCGCAGGGUCACAGCGUGAGAUGACAGCCAGCCCUCUGGUGGGUCCAGAAAGGAAGAAGUCUUCAACGGCUCCAAGUAACAACGUUUAUUCUGGAGGCAGCAUGGCGAGGAGGAACACAUAUGUGUGUGAGAGGACCACGGAUCGGUACACGCUGCAGAAUGGAAGAGACAGCAGCCUCACAGAGAUGUCUGCCAGCAGUAUUUCCUCUACAGGCCCCGCUGCAGCCUCUGGUGUCCCCUCAGCACGACCCCGCCACCAGAAGUCCAUGUCCACCUCUGGCCAUCCUAUCAAAGUCACACUGCCAACCAUUAAAGACGGCUCUGAAGCGUACCGACCUGGCAGCACAAGCCAGAGAGUGCCUGCUGCUUCUCCAUCUGCGCACAGUAUCAGUGCUGCCACUCCAGACCGGACCCGCUUCCCCCGAGGGAGCUCCAGCAGAAGCACGUUCCAUGGGGAGCAGCUCCGGGAGCGACGCAGUGCGGCUUAUAAUGGGCCACCUGCCUCCCCAUCCCACGAAACGGGGGCAUUCGCACAUGCCAGAAGGGGGACAUCCACGGGCAUAAUAAGCAAGAUCACUUCCAAGUUCGUGCGCAGGGAUCCAAAUGAAGGUGAAGCCAGUGGUCGAGCCGACACAGCCAGAAGUACAUCAGGGGAACCAAAAGACAAAGAUGAGGCUAAAGAUUCCAAGCCGCGUUCCUUGCGGUUCACGUGGAGUAUGAAGACCACCAGCUCCAUGGACCCGAAUGACAUGAUGAGAGAAAUCCGGAAAGUGCUAGAUGCAAACAACUGUGAUUAUGAACAAAAAGAAAGGUUUCUGCUUUUCUGUGUGCACGGAGAUGCUAGACAGGAUAGCCUCGUGCAGUGGGAGAUGGAGGUCUGCAAGCUGCCUCGAUUGUCACUAAAUGGGGUCCGUUUCAAGCGAAUAUCUGGGACAUCUAUUGCCUUUAAGAACAUUGCAUCCAAAAUAGCAAACGAGCUUAAGCUGUAAAGAUAUCUAAAUUUGCAGGAUCAGGAUGAUACAUCCACAUUUGAAUGUACUGGUAAUGCCUAAUGUGGUCCGCCUGUGAAUCUCCCAUGUAGAAUCUGCCCUUAAUGCAAUAAGGUUAUACAUAGUUAUGAACUGUAAAAUCAAAGUCAGUAUGAGCUGUAAUAAAAAUCUGUAGCUUAAAAAGUAGGUUCACAUGUACAGGUAAGUAUAUUGUGUAUUUCUGUUCAUUUUCUGUUCAUAGAGUUGUAAAAUAAACUAUGAUUGCUUAAAAACUUGUAUAGUUGUCUAGAUCUCCGCACAUAAAUGUACAUUUAAUGCUUUGAGUUGAAAAUGUAUUCCGGUUAUUUACGUUCUGGUGGGUUUUUUAAAUUCUUACUUCCGUCAUGCUGUUUUGAAAACUGUCCAGGAUUAAAAAUGCACAGGAAUCGUCUUUCAAAUUGUAUCAUGGACUUCAUACAGUUAUUUUACAGUCACACUCAGUUUAAGCCAGAGCUGAUGAGCAGGUCUGUGAGUUCGAUUACUCCUGCUCCUCUUUGCUCUCGGCCUUGGAGUCAAACAAGGUGUAGUUGAGAAGAUGCGAAACGUUUACAGGGUUGGCACUUAGACUCUUGAAAAUAAAGUACAUGAAAAUAAAUAGUAGUUUUGCUUGAGCUGAUUAAGAAGUGCUGAGGGAAAAAAAUUAAAUCUUUACCAAGUCAAUGUUGACCUUUGUUUCCUGACCCACCCUCUGCUAACUGUACCAGCAAAAUGGAAAAGAAUCCAUAGUCCAUCGGCUGUUCUAACUUAGGUUUACCGCCUUCAAAUUCUGCAAGGUAAUUGGGGGAAUGUCACCUGUGAGGACUGUUUCAUAGCACAACUCAUCUUUCCAAUGUUGAUCAAUGCAUCAGUUAGGAAAUAAUGCCACCUCAGGAAUUAACUGGCAUUGGGAACAUUUGCCUCGUUGUCCUCUGAGCCUCCUCGUCCACCCCUGUCGCUGUAACAUCUGUAAGUACUCAAGAGUCUUGUGAGAUGUGCUCUUGACACCGGUUGAUUUUGGGUUUAGGCUUGCCUGUGGCUCAGUGUGCUCCCAUGGAACCAUUUAUUUAAAAUGUUUUGCCCAAAUUCUUGUGUUUAUUCCCCCUGUAAGUCAUGCCUGUAACUUGUGCUUUAUAACUGGGCACUUGCCUCUCUUUCUUUAUUAGUGAUGUAUGCGACAUACAGCCACAAGCUGUACAAGGUACAUUUUAAUACUUGUUAUUUUAUACUGAAUAGCCUUGGAGGUUGACUGUGCAAUGUUGUUUCAUGUUGUAAUGACUAUAAUACCAACAUACGGGCCCAUCCACACAUUCCUGAGAAGGUGUGCUCCAAGCUUGUUGGUUGAAAGAAAAAUAAAGCUGUGACCAGUGCUGUCACUGAAGCCAGCAUUGGAAAGCCAUCAGCGUGGGUGCCGCGCUGUUCCGCUGUGGUUCCAGAUGAAGAGGAUUUUUACCUUCUGUGCUGUGAUGUAGCUUUCUUCUGUAGCAUUCUGUUCUAAAAUGAUGUGUAUUCUUGCCUUAGCGAAGGGUGGCGUUUGGAAAAAAGACAAAACAAAGCUGUGUGGCCCCCUUUUAACCAGUGUUCAUCCAGAACAGUUGAUGCAAAUCCCCACUCACUCUCACGGUGCACACGGAAUUUUACUUGAACGGGUCUCAUAAUAAAGCACUUGUCUUUUGUUCUUUCUCUGAGUGCGCAUCACCUGUUUUCUGCUCAGAAGGCAUU